AAAAAGCAUCCUGUUCUUAAUUUUCUGUUGCAGGCAUAGCUUGGUCUAAACAACUUGUUUAGAAUUGAUCGAUACAAAAAAUAAUGGGGACGAGAACGAAUUUCUACAAGAAUCCUUCAAUCUCUUACAAAAAAGACUUUAGCAUCUCUUCUGUUCUUCAAAACCUAAAAGCUUAUAAUAUCGCAACCGGAAAUGCCCCUGUUACCGACGAAGAAGAGCAACAGAACCGUGAGAUAGAGCAUGAUAGGCCCAAAAAGGUGGGCCAGAAACGCCGGUCUACGGGAGGUUCGCCACGGCGCACAGACAUAGAGGAGCAUGGUGGACCGAUGUCGCACCAGGAUUAUGUAGACAAGAGAAGGAAGGAAGUGAGCUCUUCUCAACCUUAUGAAACAUUGACUGCUAAUGUUUUGCUGCAGGGAAGUUGUAGCUCGGUUUUAAAUUUGGUAGAUUAUGGAAGUGAUGAAAGUGGUUCAGAAUCUCAAGAGCAAGAUCCCGAAAAUUCUGGUCUCACAAAUGAAGUCGACCAGGACCAGGUAAAGUCUAGGAGCGAGCAACGGUUUCCUCUGCCAGGGGAACCUGUUUGUGUUGUGUGCGGGAAUUAUGGGGAAUACAUAUGCAAUGAGACUGAUGACGAUAUAUGCAGCAUGGAAUGCAAAGCUGAACUUCUGCAAAGUCUUAGACUUGCUGAGCCAAUCAACCAAAAUCCAAACGUUCCCUUCAUUGGCGUCAAAUGUGCCUUACCAAUGCCUGACCUCAGGGACACUUGGGACUAUAAUCGCAACUGCUGGUCCAGAAAGAGAUCUAAUCUUUGUACUUAUGAAUGUUGGAAAUGUCAGAGGCCUGGGCACCUAGCUGAAGAUUGUUUGGUGACAGUAUGUAGCCAGGUGGCAGAAGGGCACAAGAAGAAUUCCAUACCCAAAGAUCUUCUUGGGCUUUACAGAAGAUGCCAUCAGAUGGGUAAAAACUUGGCAGCAGCAAAUUGCAAUUCAUGCUGCAGUUCUUCAAGUUUGGCAACAUGCCUUCAUUGUAGUGCUGUUCUUUGUGACUAUGCAGGUCAUUUGGAUGAGCAUAUAAGGAAGCAUCAAUCUCAUCAGCAAUAUUACUCUCAUAAACUUAAACGCUUGGUAAAAUGCUGUAAAGCAACAUGCAAGGUGACCAACAUCAAGGAUCUUAUGGCUUGUCAUUACUGUUUUGAUAAAGCAUUUGACAAGUUCUAUGAUAUGUAUACUGCAACUUGGAAAGGAGCUGGCUUGUCAAUUAUCCGGGGUUCUAUUUCUUGCGAGGAUCAUUUUGAAUGGCAUAGAAUUAAUUGCAUGAAUGCAGAUGUAGAGGAUACCUCAUUUAUCAUCAAUAGAAAAGAUGCGCAGAGCAAAUUUGUUCAGCUCUGUGACUUUAUUUUCUGAUGCAUUCUUCAAGGAAAAUUAUUAAGUUGAAGUAGUACCUGCGGUUGGCCUUUGCAUGACUGGAUGCAUGCCUCCUACUACACUUACAGCAAGAACAACAAAUAGAAUUGCAGUCUUAUAAUUUUGAAUUAAAACAUAGGAUCGUCUGGCUGUGUUGAAGUGGAGCUCACUUGUAUUCUUGUAUAUAGGUGUCUGUAUGCAAAUGGGUUUGGUAGGAAAAGAAUCCAAAAUUCCUAAAGGCGUUUCUUCAUCAUUUUCUUUCCUAACAGGUUUUCUUCAUUGUUCACUGGCUCGGUUUAUGCCAGCAUUGGCUUCAUAUGUUAUGUAAAUGUUGAAGUCAUUGUCUUCGUUAGUGGAAAAACGUGUUUGGUGUUGAAA